UUGCAAUACACCGCGAGGGGAACCGAGGAAGUUGAUUAUGGGGUGUCAUGAGUUGUGUCAUCCGUCUGAAUUGUAAAUAGCAAAGGGAGGGAGAGUUUGUUGUUUUUUUUUUUUUUUCUUCUUUUCUUUUUUUCUGGGGGGGGGGGUUGUCUCUCCACAGCGUGUGGAGGCACGGUUUUUGCGUUCCCUUCUUUGUCUGUCGCUUUCGGCGCAGAGGAGGGGGACAAUGGUGGAGCUGGAGAAGGAGGUGCUGCCGCUGCCGCCGCGGUACCGGUUCCGAGACCUGUUGCUUGGGGACUGGCAGAGCGACGACAGGGUGCAGGUAGAGUUCUAUGUGAAUGAGAACACUUUCAAGGAGCGCCUCAAGCUGUUCUUCAUCAAAAACCAAAGAUCCAGUCUCCGCGUACGAAUGUUUAACUUCUCUCUGAAGGUGCUGAGCUGCAAUGAUUUCCACAGGGCGAUCCAGCGGACGCACUCAGCCAUGUUUAACCAGGUGGUGAUACUCAUCAGUACGCUGGUCUGCCUCAUGUUCACUUGCAUCUGCGGUAUUCAGCACCUGGAGCGAGCGGGCAACAACCUGACCCUGUUUGACUCCCUCUACUUCUGCGUGGUCACCUUCUCCACCGUGGGCUUUGGAGAUGUCACCCCCAAGAUCUGGCCCUCACAGCUCCUGGUGGUCAUUAUGAUCUUUGUGGCGCUCAUCGUGCUUCCUAUCCAAUUCGAGCAGUUGGCCUUCCUGUGGAUGGAGCGUCAGAAGUCGGGGGGGAACUACAGCCGCUACCGGGCCCAGACGGAGAAACAUGUGGUUCUGUGUGUCAGCUGCCUCAAGAUUGACCUCCUCAUGGACUUCCUCAAUGAGUUCUUCGCUCACCCCCGCCUACAGGACUACUACGUGGUGAUCCUGUGCCCGGCAGAGAUGGACGUCCAGGUGCGUCGGGUUCUCCACAUCCCUCUGUGGGCCCAGCGGGUCAUCUACCUCCAGGGCUCUGCCCUCAAAGACCAGGACCUGAUGAGGGCCAAGAUGGAUGACGCCGAGGCCUGCUUCAUCCUCAGUAACCGAUUCGAAGUGGACCGCUUUGCCGCCGAUCAUCAGACCAUCCUUCGAGCCUGGGCAGUGAAGGACUUCGCCCCGAACUGUCCCCUUUACGUCCAGAUCCUCAAGCCCGAGAACAAGUUCCACGUCAAGUUUGCAGAUCAUGUGGUUUGUGAAGAGGAGUUUAAAUACGCCAUGCUGGCUCUAAACUGUGUGUGCCCUGCCACCUCCACCCUCAUCACUCUAUUGAUCCACUCCUCCCGGGGACAAAACGUGCCCCAAGAGGCCUUCAGGCAGCGUACGGGAGCCUUUCAGCCUCUCAGCAGGGAGGGCGGGGCAUGCUCGGCGGACCAAUGGCAGCGCACCUACCGCCGCUGCUCAGCCAAUGAGGUGUAUCACAUCCGUCUGGAGGAGAGCAAGUUCUUUGGGGAGUACCAGGGAAAGAGUUUCACCUUUGCCUCUUUCCACGCCCAUAAAAAGUAUGGGGUGUGUUUGAUUGGCGUGCGCAGGUUGGACACCACCAACAUCCUGCUGAACCCCGGUCCCUGCCACAUCAUGGGGGCCUCCGACACGUGCUUUUACAUCAACAUCUCCAAGGAGGAGAACUCGGCGUUCGUCAGGGGCCAGGGGGAGCCCACGCGGGGUGGCCCGGGGGGUAACGCCAGAGGAAUGCAACAGACCAUCUACCACGGUCUCACCCGCCUGCCGGUCCACAGUAUCAUCGCCAGCAUGGGCACCGUGGCUAUCGAUCUACAGGACUCCAGCGACAGCAGCCCAGAAGGCCAGGAGCCGGGAGGCGUGGGGCUGGGCAGCGGAAGAGGCAGCAGGAGCAGCAGGAGCAGCUCUAGGACUGAGAUGGGGGUCGCCAACACCUUGUCCCUGCCGUCCGUGACCGACUCGGCCGAGGAGAGGCGGCACAGCAUUGCCCCUGUCCUGGAGCUGGUGGAUGGGGUCAACAACCCCACCUUUGACCUGCUGGGUGACCAGUCAGAGGAUGAGGGGGCAGAGGAGGACAAAGAGGACAGCGACCAGGAUGAGAGGGCCCACUGGUGGGGCGGGCAGUGCGAGUGGGUGAAAGGGUACCCGCUGAACUCACCCUACAUCGGCAGCUCCCCAGCUCUGUGCCACCUCCUGCAGGAGAAGAUGCCUUUUUGCUGCCUGCGCAUGGACAAGGCCUGUCACCACAUUCCUUUCGAGGACGCUCGUUCCUAUGGCUUCAAGAACAAGUUGAUCAUCGUGUCGGCGGAGAGCGCGGGGAAUGGUUUAUACAACUUCAUCGUCCCCCUGAGGGCCUACUACCGCCCCAGGAAGGAGCUCAACCCCAUAGUGCUUCUGCUGGAGAGCAUACCUGAGGCGGAUUUCCUGGAGGCCAUCUGCUGGUUCCCCAUGGUAUUCUAUACAGUGGGCUCCAUCGACAAUCUGGACAGUUUGCUGCGAUGCGGGGUGACUUUCGCCGACACCAUGGUGGUGGUUGACAAGGAGAGCUCCAUGAUCGCUGAAGAGGACUACAUGGCCGACGCCAAGACCAUCGUCAACGUCCAGACCCUCUUUAGGUUAUUCCCAGCUCUUAGUAUCAUCACGGAGCUCACGCACCCGGCCAACAUGCGCUUCAUGCAAUUUAAAGUCAAAGACUAUUACUCCCUGGCCCUGUCCAAGCUGGAGAAGAAGGAGCGGGAAAAGGGCUCCAACCUAGUCUUCAUGUUUCGGCUGCCCUUCGCAGCAGGGAAGGUGUUCAGUGUUAGCAUGCUGGACACGCUCCUCUACCAGUCUUUUGUGAAAGACUACAUGAUCUCCAUCACUAGGCUGUUGCUGGGUCUGGACUCCAUGCCUGGCUCAGGCUUCCUCUGUGCCAUGAAAAUCACAGAGGAUGACUUGUGGAUUCGUACCUACGGCAGGCUCUACCAGAAGCUGUGCUCCUCGACUGGGGACAUCCCAAUAGGAAUCUACCGUACCGAGGCCCAGAAACUUCCGGUCUCAGAGUCCCAGGUAUCCAUCACGGUGGAGGACUAUGAGGACACCAGAGAGCCCAGAGAGCCCCUGCUGUCCCGGAUGGGCCCGCACCGCAACUCCACUUCCUCGGAGCCCAUCUCCUCCACUUCCUCCCACUCCUCAGACCACCCGCUCCUCAGGAGGAAGAGCAUGCAGUGGGCACGGCGGCUGAGCAGGAAAGGUGGCCGGGGCCCGAGCGGGGCCAAGGGGGGACCUGGCAGCGCGGCUGAGAGGAUCAGCCAGCAGAGGCUGACCCUGUUCAGGCGCUCCGAGAGACAGGAGCUCAACUCCCUGGUUCGAACACGAAUGAAACACUUGGGCCUCUCCCCCAGCGGCUUCAACGGGAUGACGGACCAGGAAAACCGUUUGUCUUACAUCCUCAUCAACCCCUCUCCCGACACGCGGCUGGAGCUGCACGACGUAGUGUACCUGAUCAGACCGGACCCCCUGUCUCUGGUGCCCAACCAGGGGGGCUGCAGGAAGAGCAGCGGCGCGCGCAUGGAGAGCCAUCGGUUCGAUAUGCAGGACAGCACCCACCUGUGAGCGGGCAAAGACGGCAGGGCAAUGCGUCGGCGCUGCCACAGAAGGGGGGGGCGAAGACGGUCAGAAAGAAAGAGAGAGAGAGAGAGAGAGAGAGAGAGAGAGAGAGAGAGAGAGAGAGAGAGAGAGAGAGAGAGAGAGAGAGAAAGCGCGAGAGACGGAAAUGGUUGAAUCGGGGAUACGGCGACACGAGGAUGGAUACGGCCGGAGUAGCUUGGAUGCUUGGCUCGUACCGCAUCCUUUCUUCAGCUCCCGGUCCUGGUGAACUCACAGGACCCACACCCGUGCAUGGACCUCUUUAAUGACGAUGGGAUGGGGGGGGUUUAUUUUAUUUAUGCACCUUCUUAUUUUCAAAAUGGAGAGCUGGGGACACAAAAGUGCUUUUACUGAAUGUUUAUUUAUAUCUGCGUAAGUGUAUAGUACGCACCGCUUUAUCUGUGUACGUACUGUGAGUGUGUGUGUGUGUGUGUGUGUGUAUCUAUACAUACUGUGAGUGCGUGUGUGUGUGUAUAUCUAUA